CUUCGGAGAGCUCUAGAGAGAAGAGGGGGAGAAGAGAAGAAAGGGACAGCUUCGAGGGAAUUCGGCAAUGCUGCGGCGGUUGUUGGGAAACGGGAUGCUGCAACAGGAAGCGGCCUCGUCUAGCUCGGUAUGGAUUUUGCUCUUCAAAUCCCACGCUCGUUCAUGCUAAAAUGUCCCCGUGUGUUUUGUUUUACUGUCUUUUUCUAGACCACCGUGUGAUGAAUUCAGCUUUGUCAUUGGAUUUUUUUUCUGUAGCACAAAGUGGUGUUGGUAAGCAUUUAAUUUGAUGGCAAAUGACUGAUAGAGAUUUCUCGCAAAAAAAAAAGACUGAUAGAGAUGCACAAAGAGAGAGCAGUAGUAUAAGAUUUACUUAUGUCGGCAACUAUUGAGAUUUUUCUUUUUCUUUCGAGUCUCUGUCUGAACCGAUAUUUCUAUUCUAAGCAUUUGUUUCUGAGUUUAUGUCCAUGUAUUUUUGCCAAUUGGUUAGUGCUUCUAUGCACUCCGUACGUGUAUUUAACACCUAGUUUGGUUUACUAAUAGAAACCAAAAUUUGAUGCUGCGGCUAUUUGGGCACUUAACGGAGGAAUGUGCGUGUAAGAGAAAAUAGAUAGUUCUGAAUACCGUGAGUCAUCCAUUUCUCUACUCCCUCCGUCUCAUAUUAAGUGAUUCAAAAUUGUUCAAAUAUGAAUGUAUCUAUACCUAAAAAAGUCUAACGUCUAGAUACAUGUAAGAAAUCACUUAAUAUGAGACGGAGUGAGUAUGUAAUAGUGACCACGUUCUUUAUGUUAUUCAUUUUGUUCGCAGAGUUGAGGGCUGUGAAAAUAGAUUCUUAACUGGUUUGCCAACAUUGUCUAUUGUUUGUAGAAGGCAAAUUUCUAUUGUAUUAAAAUUCACAUUUCUUAGCAUUUAAUUAAUUACCUUUAUUCAUCUAUGCAUUAAUUGUAAGAUAUUACACUAAGAGAUGAUUUGGUGUACAACAUGUUUUGUUGUCUUUUCUAAAUGAGGUGAAACGCACAAGAGAAUACAGUCUUAUCAACCAUUGUAUAUGUACUUAUGUGUUUCAUGUCAUUUAAAAAAUAUAACAAAAUAUGUUGUACAAUAGCUUAUCUUUUAGUGUCAUGUCUUACCAUUAAUGCUUACAUGAAUAAAAUUAACUAAAUAAAUAUGCUAAGAAAAUGUAAAAUCUAGAGUACAAUGAAAACUUGCUUUAUCCUUCUUGUGAAAAUCAUCUCUUAAUUAAGAAAAGACUCGUGCCUUUUGUUCAGUUCUCUCACUUACACGCCAGAUUUUAUCCUACGUGAUAUUGUUAAGAAAAAGCUGAUGUCACCCCAUUGUACUUGUCCUUAUUCGAUUUGUAACUUCACGUCACAUAAUUACAUACUCUCUCCGUCACACAAUUCUUGUCUCAAAUUUGCCCAAAUAUGAAUAUAUCUAUUCCUAAAAGGCGUCUAGAUACAUGUAAUAUUUUAACAAGUAUGAAAUGGAAGGAGUAUUGGUAAGUUAUGAUUGGUCAAAUCUUUUCUUAACGAAAUUAAAUACGUCAAUCUUUAUAAGAAAUGAGAAGAGAAUGAUGAUAAAAGAUGUAUCCUGCCCAACUGGGCGAGAAACUAUGCUAGGAGUGUACCGAAGCGCACACAAAGAAAUCUCAGAAGGAAUAGGAAGCAGUUUAUUGGAACGCAAAAAAAAAAAUCAGUUUAUUGGUACACUGACCAAUACGUAGGCCGUGACGUGGUGAAGCUACGUCAGGAAAGCACAUCCGGCAACAGUCAGUCAUCCUCACGGUCCCGAAAGUUUUCAAUGUUUAUUAUUUGCAGAGCAGCAGGACAAGACAAUCAUGCACUAGUCUAGUGAUCUUCACCGGAUGCACUAGCACGCUGCAGUAGAAUAAGAGAUUUAGAGCGAGAGUGAAGGCCGGCACAACCUGCGUCCUGGACUCCUGGUGCUCCGCCAUGGCUUCAAGCGGCGAGCAGCGAGAACACACGGUGGCGCUGCUCGACAGCCCUGCAGCAGAGGUAGAAGGAGAAUACACCAUUGACCAAUCGCUCGACUUCGAUGGGAACCCCGCGCUGAAGCAUCAUACAGGCGGAUGGCGCGCGUGCCGCUCGGUUCUCGCCACGGAGUUCUGCUACUGCCUGGCGUACAGCGGGGUCUCGCAGAACCUCGUCACCUACCUGACCACCGUUCUGCGGGAGAGCAAUGUCGCCGCCGCGAAGAACGUGUCCACCUGGCAGGCCACCUGCUUCCUCACACCGAUCGCCGGCGCCGUCGUGGCCGACUCCUAUUGGGGAAGGUACCGCACCAUGGUGGUCUCCUGCUCCAUGGGCGUCGCGGGCUUGGUCGUGAUAGCGCUCUCGGCGAACCUGCCGCUGCUCACCAAGAACGCCGAGCUGUUCACAGGCUUCCCUACCCUGGUCUCAAACCUGGCGUCAGCUCAGGAGUCGGUCCUGUUCCUCGGCCUCUACAUGACGGCCUUCGGGCUAGGCGGCCUGCGUCCAUGCCUCAUGUCCUUCGGCGCCGACCAGUUCGACCACAACGACCCGCCGGAGCGCGCCAGCAAAGGCUCCUUCUUCAACUGGUACGUCUUCACCAUGAGCUGCGCGUCGGUGGUGUCCAGCACCUGCGUCGUGUGGGCGCAGGAUCACUUCGGCUGGCCGCUGGGCCUGGCGAUCCCCGCGGCGGUGCUGGCCGUCGGGCUGGCCUGUCUGGUGUCGGCGUCACGGAGGUACAGGUUCCAGCGAACCCAAGGCAGCCCCCUCACCAGAGUCUGCCAGGUCCUUGUCGCGGCUGUCUGCAAGUUCAACGCUCAGCAGCCGGCCGAUCGCUCUCUCCUCUACGAGCUUCCGGAAGACGGCUCCAUGAAAGGGAUCCAGCGGAUAGAGCACACCAAUGACCUCCAGUUCUUUGACAAGGCUGCCAUUGUGCUCGCUUCUGAGGCGGCAGAGGAGGAGGCAACCUUGCCGCCGGCGCGCAACCCGUGGAGACUAUGCAUCGUGACGCAGGUGGAGGAGCUUAAGAUUCUCGUGAGGAUGGUCCCGGUGUGGGCGAGCAUCGUCUUCUACUACGCCGUCUCGGCGCAGGUCUCGUCGACGUUCGUCGAGCAGGGCAUGGCGAUGGACACCAAUGUCGGCCCCGUCCGCGUCCCCCCGGCUUCGAUGUCCGCCUUCGACCUGCUCACCGUCGUCGUCCUGGUCCCGCUCUACGACCGACUGCUGGUCCCGGCUGCCAGGCGGCUCACGGGCAGGGCAAAGGGCAUCUCGGACCUGCAGAGGAUCGGCGCCGGCCUCGCCAUGCCAGCGCUCGCCAUGGCCGCCGCCGCGCUCGUCGAGACGGAGCGCCUCCGCCGCGCGCCCUCGGGGCCGGCGAUGAGCGUGCUGUGGCAGGCGCCGCAGUACGUGCUGAUGGGCGUGGGCGACGUGCUCGCCACCGUCGGGCAGCUCGACUUCUUCUACAGCCAGGCGCCGGCAUCGAUGAAGACCGUGUGCACGGCGCUCGGAUUCCUCGUGAUGGCGGCCGGGAGCUACCUGAGCUCCUUCCUCCUCGCGGCUGUCGAAUGGGCGACGGCGGCCGGUGGCCGGCCUGGGUGGAUCCCGGACGAUCUUGACCAGGGGCACCUGGAUCGCUUCUUCUGGAUGAUGUCUGGGCUGGCUUGCCUGAAUCUAGUUGCGUUUGGGAGCUGCGCCGUGCGGUACAACUCUAGAAAAGCUUCCUGAGCUUCACACUUUCACGGUGGACAGUGAUUCCUUCCUUGAAGUGUGAAGGCCGAGAUCUACAUAUCAUUCACCGAGUGUGAUGACUUAUUGCUGAGAUUGGAUCGAGUUCUUCUUUUUUCUGUUUGACACAUUGGAUCAAGUAAAUCUCCAGUGGCGGAGGUCCCCGUAGGGCAAGGUGGGGGCCGCAGACUUGCAUUUGGAUUGUGAGAGCACAAGCCUCCGAGCGAGGAGCUGCCCACCUCCAGCUUCUUGGAGGAGAAGUCGCCACCUAAAUUUAAUUAGGCUAUCAAAUUAGUUUGGACUAAACUAUUUUGGAUGUUUAACUAAAUCUGAGAUACGGCUUCUCCAGGAAGCUACGUGAGAGCA